GUCCGGACUUUUGGGUGGGCUACUCUUUUAUUCAACUUCGAACGCAAUCAUUAGCGAGCGAUUAGACAAUAGCUAAUUACUUUUAAGUAGUGACAAACACCAAUAAUACUCUUGUAUUGUCGAGCAUCACAGUUACUCGCUAAUCGAGGAAUUAGGAGAAAGAGUGCUGACUACUAUUUUGGAGUAGGCUACUUGGAGUCGAUGAGUUAAAGGCUUGAUGUGUAACUCAAAGACGGAGGGAGUUGUCAUUAGAAGAUUCCUCCACUCAUCUCGCAAUAGCUCCCCCCGCCGUGAGACCACAAUACCAUUGCUCCUUCGAUCAAUCGCUAUAUAAAUCAUCUCAUCUCGAUGGGUUGGUGAUUCUGUCUCCUAAGAGCUGUCUUAGCUAUCACUCUUGCUCAAUCUUCGCCAUCAUUUCAAAGAUUUCUACUUCCGGAUUUUCACAUUUUCAGCUUACAAUUCUAAUCGAGUGCUUUCUGCUGGCUCUUGCUGAGUUGUUGUUGAAACACUCACAGUUGGGCAUGUCUUUAUCUUGUGUAGAAAGUAACGAAGGACGGUUUUUCUGACAUUCUCAAUCACGUCGUUAGACUACCUAAAUCGGUUGUGACAUGACAAAUGAAAAUAACUACAACUCUUCAUUUACUUGACAUUUUAACGAUUCAGAUAAUAUAUACUUUAAAAUUAGAUAUAAGGGACUGUCACAAUGACAGGUGAAACGCUAACUUCGUCGACGUCUUCGAUCUCGCUACCUAGUAGUCAUGGUCCACCUCGACUAUCUGUUCCUGCGGCGACGUCGCCUAUUCAUGGCACUUCCCCUGGUCAUCAACGAUCAUCGUUCGCUAUCCAUGAACUCCUGGGGCUUGGUCGUCAAGAGCAGCAGAAAUCUCGGGAAUUCAUCCCAUCACGACCGCUCAUCUCCCCGCUGAUGGCGGCUGCGGCAGCCGGUCAUCCAGCCAUGGCGAGUGUAGCAUCGUGCAUACCCGGGUUUCAUCCGUCCACCGCCUCGCUUUACUUCGCUGCCGCCAAGGCUUCGGUAGGCUACGAUCACGCUGCUCUGGCAGCCUUAGCCAUGCACAGUAGCUUCGUACAACAAGCACGAAGUCCAACUGGUCUACCACCGUUAGCAGACUCGAGAAACGACAUUUUGAUUGAAGAGAAUCAUGACCGGAUUUUCAGUCAGCACUCACCAUCUUCUGUCAAUAGUAUGGGCAAGAAGAAGAGAAAGAAGAGACGGCACAGGACGAUCUUUACAUCAUAUCAACUUGAUGAAUUAGAGAAAUCGUUCAACGAAGCUCAUUAUCCUGAUGUAUAUGCCAGAGAACUUUUAGCACUCAAGACUGAUCUACCCGAAGACAGAAUACAGGUUUGGUUUCAGAAUCGUCGGGCUAAGUGGCGAAAGAAGGAGAAGUGCUGGGGCAGGAGUAGUGUGAUGGCGGAGUACGGUCUAUACGGGGCUAUGGUCAGGCAUUCUCUCCCUCUCCCAGACAGUAUUUUGAAAGCAGCUGAAGAAGGAGAUAGCUGCGCUCCGUGGUUGCUAGGUAUGCACAAAAAAUCGGUGGAUAUUCCUGACGUGACCGGUGAUGAAAAAGAAGACAAGAUCUACCGAGAAAGCAAGAGUAGCAUCACCAAGGAAACGCUUCAUCAACAAAACGACUCGAGUAUGAGCGGUGCAGAUGAUAUUAGGACCAAUAGCAUCGCAUCUUUACGGGCUAAAGCUCAAGAGCAUAGCGCCAGACUCCUAAGCGGCAAUGCUCGGCCCUGCAUCACUACGACAGGGUGCUCCGAGGCAGCAUCAAGUAGGGACCAGCACUCAUCCAGUGAUUCUCAUAUUGGAACCGGGGAGAAGAGAGACAGUGGGGUGUGGUCGGGGGAUGAUGAACGCGCCAAUUGUUCGACGUCAUCUCCCGAUGGCCACGCCCAUGGCCACGCCCAUCAUGGUCAAGAUGACAGAAGACAUGGCCAUCGGGUCCGACAUGGUGAUUGGGCAUCGGGAGAUUCAUCGUCAGGUGACGAAAGCCAUGAUGAAGAAUGCGAUGAAAUCGAGGUCGACUCAUGAACACGUGACAUCGAUGUUGUGAUAUCAAUGAUAUGUGACAUUAAUGUCAUCAAAAUGGCCGCCGAUGUAAGUUUGAUUUGUAUAUACUUGCCAAGUAAAUUAACAGAGCGAAAUAUGAAUGAAUUAGAUUUAUCGUCAUAAAUGACAUUAUAUUGCAAGACAUUUUCUUUGUGCAGGCACGUUGAUCACCAUUUUAUAUUCAUUGCUAUAUGAUUUUAGAAACGAUAAGACGAUUUAUGCUUAUCUUUUAUAAUACUUAUACCGAGUGAGUAAAAAAAAAGUUUACAACUAGAAAAUUGCUAAUUAUUUUUAAAAUCAUCU